AUGGAGCAAGAGAAAAUAACAAGUGACUUAUUGGAAACACUGCAAGGGUGGUGUGGCUUCAAAAAGUUCAAUAUUAUUUAUGAUACCGACAUCGACCCUAUUAACCUUAGUCUCAUCGGAAAUUUGGUUCUUCACAGAUCGCACAUCUACUACGUCAUCAUCGACAAAGCUGGAAACGUUUUUGGGUGUUACAACAAGGGUUCUGUAAGGGAACUUUGUCUUAGUGUCGAUGACCCAUCGCACUUUGUGUUCUCACUUAAAAACACUAUGUCACCAUUAACAAAACCAAAGCAAUUUUUUACUAUAAAGAAUAACCACAGGUGCUUUUAUAUGCCUAAUUCUGAUGAGGAAUAUAGUCUUUUCAGGAUCGGAUUUAAAGGCGGAAUUCGAAUUGGAAAACCAAACACUUUUAAUAGUUAUUGUUAUAAUAUUCAAAAUACUUACCCGGAACUUAAAGACUCUACAUUACUUGGACUGAGCGGUCAACAAUUUUCGGUCGAGAGGAUACUCCUUAUUCAAAUAAGUGAAUGA